AUGCAAGCGUCCCUGCCCAGCGUUUGGGAUGAUGCCGGUCAUAACAUACAUACAUACAUGAGGUGCCUUGUGGGAACAUUCAAACAUACAUACAUACGCAGUACGAUCAUAAAUAAUUUCCACCCUCCCCAUCCAUACGGCUGCCCUGGAGACUCCGGAAACGAUUUUGUCAAAUCCAGUCUCCUCAACCGUCGUAUUUGUCAAAUGAUCGAUGAGCAAAGCGACAAGGUCUCGGUGAUGAGUUGGCACUGCAUGCAUAUCCAGCUGUCGCUGGCGACAAAUUUGGCGAACCAAGAUUGGUCGGGAUUCGGUUUUAGUGCCACGCCAGCGAACCCCAAGUCAAACCCGGCCAAGGCUGGCGAAGGAGUGGGCUGGGGCCGGAGAGAUGGCGACCAUCCAUCCGCCAGCCUGUCUCCCUGGCUCGUCUCGAAGGACAACCAUCGUACUCCGUACUAG